UUCUACCUCUAGGGUUAUUAUUUGUAUAACUUUAGUCAUUGCUGCUCUCAACUCUUGCCGGAAAACAAAAUCGGCGCUGUUUUCACCAUCUCCAUCUCCAUGGCCAGUUCUAGCAAGGAAGUUAAUUUAUUUGGUAAGAGAAAUCCGGACGAUGAUGAUUUGGAGACCAAACCGGUUCUCAAGAAACAUAAGGAGGAGAAGGAGAAGACAACGGAAGGACUUGCUGAUAGUCUCCAGCACAAGUCUGAUCAAGCUAAUUUAAUCUCACUGAAGGAGGAGGAAACAGUGGAAGGACUUGAUGACACUCCCGAUUUUGUUGAGGAAGCUGCCGUAAUAAAAAAUACGCUCUUUAUGGCCCAUAUCCCUCACAAAGCUAAAAUAUCAGAUAUCGUCUCUUUCUUCAAAGAUGUUGGAGAAGUUGUUAAUGUUCGACUUGCUAUAAAACGAGAUGGUGGGCGUACUGGCUCUGGCUUUGUUGAAUUUGCUUCUGCCAAUGAAACAAAAAAGGCACUGGAAAAGAAGAAUGGUGAAUAUUUGCUCCAUCGCAAGAUAAUUCUCAAUGUUGCUAAGAUAGCUUCUUCAUUGCCUCUUCCUAAGCAUUGCAUAGAUCACAAGGUUUGGUACGAAGACUGCCUUCGACGAGGAGAAGAUGAGACACCUCCCGAUUUCGCUGAGGAAGUUCUCUUUGUUGCCAAUCUCUCUCCCCAAACUAAGAUAUUAGAUAUCUUCGAUUUCUGCAAAGAUGUUGGAGAAGUUGUCAGUGCUCGACUUAUUGCAAACCAUGAGGGCAAGCAUGUGGGCUGUGCCUUUGUUGAGUUUCUUUCUGCUAACGAAGCAAAUAAGGUGCUGGAAAAGAAGAAUGGUGAAUAUUUGCACAAUCAUAAGAUCUUUUUGAUGAAAGGACAUGGUGAAACUCCCGAUUUUGCUGAGGCUGUUGCCACAAGAAAAACAAAGACGCUCUUUGUUGCCCAUCUUGCUCCCCAAACUAUAAUAUCAGAUAUCAUCAAUUUCUUCAAAGAUGUUGGACAAGUUGUUCAUGUUCGACUUAUUGUCAACCACAAUGGCAAGCAUGUGGGCUGGGGAUUUGUUGAGUUUGCUUCUAAUGACGAAGCAGAGAAGGCGCUGGAGAAGAAGAACGGUGAAUAUUUGCAGGAUGGCAAGAUUUUUCUUGAAGCGGCUAAGAUAGCUCCAUUCCCUCCACCCAAGUGGUGCAUAGAUCACAAGGUUUGGUACGAAGACUACCUUCGACAAGAAAGCCUUCAGAUAGAUGAAGAUGGGGCAGUGGAAGGACUUGCUGAAACUCCCUAUUUCGUUGAGGAAGCAAGAAAAAAGACGCUCUUUGUUGCCAAUCUCCCUCCUCAAACUAAUAUACCAAAGAUCAUGUAUUUCUUCAAAGAUGUUGGAGAAGUUGUUCGUGUUCGACUUAUUGUUGACCAUAGGGGUAAGCAUGUGGGCUGUGGCUAUUUUGAGUUUGCUUCUGCUAAUGAAGCAGAGAAGGCUCUGGAACAGAAGAAUGGUAAAAGUUUGCGCUAUCAUCAUAUCUUUCUUGACGUGGCUGAGAUAGCUCCAUACCCUCUCCAACCCAAGUACAACCUUGUAGAGAAGCUUUGGUACGAAGACAACCUUCUACGAGAACCGAAUCUGAAGCAACAGAAGGAAAAAUCCGACGGAUUCUGCGGUAAGAAGACUACCUUCUCUUCCGGGGACGACUGCUAGAAGAUGAAGCUCUUUGGUGUUUUUAACUUGUGAUGCAAUGUAACUUGUUUAUAUUACUGGGGUUUUUCUUAUGUUUUAGUCUGAACGUACAUUAAAAUAUGCUUAAUUUUGAAUGGUUUGGUGUCGAAUCACUUCUCUCUGCCACUAUUACCUAAGUAAGAGAGCCGUAUACCAUUUGAA